ACACUAGUGGUUAAGAUAAAUGGAUGUAGAUGUCCGAAUAAAAUAAGUGCACUUUACAAUCUUUUUAAACUGAGGUUUCAAUAUUUGCUAUUUGAACCAAUAGUUGUCUGAGAUUAAUUUUGGACAUUUGAACAGUAAUAUUUUACAAGCAAAUACAAAACAAACGCGCGUUCAUGUCGGAUUAACAUAAACCCACAAGGUGGUUCAAGCCAGAAACUACACAUGUUACUGACUCGAAUGCAUGAUCAAAAUAGAGUAAUUUUCCGAUACUCACAUUAGUUGCAUGUACGCACAAGCAGCAAACAAAAUGUGCAUGUGCGCCCUGCCAGCGCACAUGCCAAACAAAACCAAAAGGCUGUUUCAUAGAAGAAAAAACCCACCCCAGGACACUAGGCGUCGAUGACAUGCUUUCUCACAGUUGUUUUAAGCAAACUGUUGCUCAGAGAGAGUGUAAUAAACUUUAGAGCGUGAGUAAUUGCAAUGAAAUUACAUUGAGCAUUUCUAAGUGUAACAUUUUAAGACGCUGGUUAAAAAGAAAAUGAGGAGGUGGUGGGUCUUUUGUUUCGAAGAAAGACACGUCCAUGUUUUUUGCAGACCCGCCGUAUUGAACCAAUAGAUUUUGAACAUAAUACCAUGGACAAACAGCAUCCAAUCAGAGUUAGUCUGACGUAAUCAUAAAAAAGAGAAUGAAAAUUUGCAUACAUCUCUGGCCAGACCAUUAAAAAUCGACACAAAAUACGUUUCCUUCACAUCAGCCUGCGAAAUGCCUGAGGUUGCUAAGUCUGCGCCCAAGAAGGGCUCUAAGAAAGCCGUGACCAAGACCGCUGUGAAGGGCGGAAAGAAGCGCAGAAAGAGUAGGAAGGAAAGCUAUGCCAUCUACGUGUACAAAGUGCUGAAGCAAGUCCAUCCUGAUACUGGCAUCUCUUCUAAAGCUAUGGGGAUCAUGAACUCGUUUGUCAACGACAUUUUCGAACGUAUUGCUGGUGAGUCUUCCCGUUUGGCUCACUACAACAAGCGUUCUACCAUCACUUCAAGGGAGAUUCAAACCGCCGUGCGCCUGCUGCUGCCAGGCGAGCUGGCCAAACACGCAGUGUCUGAGGGAACAAAGGCCGUCACGAAGUACACCAGCUCCAAGUAAACUAGCGCAAUACUACUUAACCAAAGGCUCUUUUAAGAGCCACCCACAUUGUCCACAAAAGGCAAAAAUUCAUGAACUCUUUCUAAAAAUGAUAGAGAAGUAGAUUAACCAGAUUCAGGCCCCGUGUUUAAUGCGGGCGAGGCUUCUAGGUAUUCUGAAAGGGGUUAAAAUCUAGGAGGUGCGUGCGUCAAAAUGGCACUUCCUCGUUUGAAACCUUAAUACAAGCAUGUCAGCGGCACCUAGUGUCCUGGCGUAGUUUUUCCUACAAAUCGGUCUUCAUUUGUCAUGUGCGCUGGCAGAGUAGUAGUCAUUUAGGGAAAUUCACUUUUAUCCAGAAUUUUGUUUCGCUGAUUGUGCGAAUUAUUUGAGUACCGGAAAUGACUGCCUUGUUGAUUACGCAUUAGGGUCCGUCAAAUGUGUGGUUUCUGGCUAAAAGCGCGUUAUUUGUUUGUUUUUUUACGCGAUAUGAACACAGUUCUCCGGUCCGACUUUGUUUCGUACUGCCGGCAUUUUUCUUGUAAUUGAGAAUCACUGAGCUUACUCUUGACUGAAUGUAAUGUGAUUUUGUGUUUCAAUUUGUUUUUGUUUUUCUUGAUCAUCCUAAUCAGAUGCCCAAAUUCAUCAACUGGUUUCUUACAAUGUGGAGGAGCAGUGGCUCAACUAAGAUUUUACCGAUAGUUUACCAAUAUGUUUAUUCAUUUUUUUAAAAAACAGUAAAUAUUUCUACAGUACAUUGUGACAACCUCCUGUCAGAACAAUUUAUUUUCAAGAUCAUUGGCUACUGGCUGUUGUAGGUUCAUGUCUAGCACCAUGGGAACCACCUGCGCCUUACACUUGAAAGGGCAAUAAUAAAAAUAUAACAUUCUCCUGAGUUGUCCAAGGAAGAGGAGUUAUUAAAACCAUUUCAAUCAUCAUUCCUAGAAAGGACAUGAAAAGGUAAAUGUGUAUGUUAAAAGGUAAAGACAGUUUAUUACUAAUCUUACAGCAAACAGAAUUAAUUUGCUUUUGAGCCCAUGCUUAAAAAUAGCUGCUGCUGUCCAUAUAUCCUGAAUAACCAGGAUGUGCUUCUGACAGUCACCCUAUAAUUUUUUUU